AUGUCUACCCCAGUGAUUCAGUGUAAACUUCAGUUUGUACCUGAUCUCAGGGUCACUGGAGACAGAGAAAAAAAUAGGCAUAGGGCCAGAGAUCAGGUUAGGAAACCUAAAGCCCUGAUAGAAUUAAACCUAGCCAGGGACAUCGAGGGCAACAAGAAAAGCUUCUAUAGGUACAUCGGUGAUAAAAGGAAGACUAAGGAAAAUGUGGGCCCUUUCCAGAAAGGAACAGGAGACCUGGUUACCCCGGACAUGGAGAAGGCUGAGGUACUCAAUGACUUUUUUGCCUCAGUCUUCACUGGCAAGUGCUCCAACCACACCACCCAAGACACAGAAGGCAAAGGCAGAGACUGGGAGAAUGAAGAACAGCCCACUGUAUGAGAAGGUCAGGUUCGAGACCAUCUAAGGAACCUGAAGGUGCACAAGUCCAUGGGACCUGAUGAUAUGCAUCCACAGGUCCUGGGGGAACUGGCGGAUGAAGUGGCUAAGCCACUAUCCAUCAUAUUUGAGAUGUCACAGCAGUCUGGGGAAGUUCCCACUGACUGGAAAAGGUUAAAAAUAACCCCCAUUUUUAAAAAGGGAAAAAAGGAAGACCCAGGGAACUACAGGGCAGUCAGUCUCACCUCUGUGCCCAUCAAGAUCAUGGAGUGGAUCCUCCUGGAAACUCUGCUAGGGUACAUGGAUAAUAAGGAGGUGAUUGGUGGCAGCCAACAUGGCUUCACUACAGGAAAAUUGCACCUUACAAAUUUGGUGGCCUUCUAUGACAGGGUUACAGUGUUGGUGGAUAAGGGAAGAGCAAUGAACAUCAUCUACCUGGACUUGUGUGAAGUGUUUGACACUGUCCCACAUGACAUCCUUGUCUCUAAAUUCAAGAGACAAUUUGAUGGAUGGACCACUCGAUGGAUAAGGAAUUGGCUGGAUGGUCACAGUCAAAGAGUUGUGGUCAAUGGCUCAAUGUCCAUGUGGAUACCACCGACAAGUGGUGUUCCGGGGUCAGUGUUGGGACUGGCGCUGUUUAACAUCUUUGUCUGCGACAUGGACAGUGGCAUUGAGUGCACCUUCAGCAAGUUUGCUAAUGACACCAAGCUGUGUGGUGUGGUCAACACGCUGGAGGGAAGGGAUGCCAUCCAGAGGCACCUUGACAAGCUUGAGAGAUGGGCCCGUGCGAACCUCAUGAAGUUCAACAAGGCCAAGUGCAAUGUCCUGCACAUGAGUCGGGACAAUCCCAAGCACAAAUACAGGCUAGGCAAUGAGUGGAUUGAGAGUAGCCCUGCAGAAAAGGACUUGGGGGUAUUGGUGGAUGAAAAACUGAACAUGAGCCAGCAAUGUGCACUUGCACAACACAAUGGCAUUCUGGGCUGCAUCAAAAGAAGUAUGGAGGGAGGAAGCCCAGGUGGUAUUCUUGUCAGUCGUGAUAGGGAAAGGCCUGAGUACGACUCAAUGGAUCCUGCAGCAAAAAAGGCCAACAGCAUCCUGGGCUGUGUUAGGAGGAGUGUUGCCAGCAGACCAAGAAAGGUGAUCCUUCCCCUCUUCUCAGCACUGGCUGAAGAAGAAAAGGCUCAGGGGGAACUCACUGUGUACAAAUACCUGAUAGGAGUGAAUGAAGAAGCAGGAGCCAGACUCUUCUCCGUAGUGCCCAAUGACAGGGCAAGAGGCAGUGGGUACAAAUUAGAAUACAGGAAAUUCUAUCUGAACACAAGAAAACACGUUUGUGCUGUGACAGUAGUUGAACACUGGUACAGGUUGGCCGGAGAGAUUAGGCAUUCAAAUGUCUGCGGAGGCAUUCAAAACCUGGACAGACUCAAUCCUGGACAACCUGCUCUAGCUGACCAUGGUUUGCAUGGUGGGGUUGGACUAGAAGAUCUCUAG